AAUGGAUAGCAUUUACUCAAAAUAUAUAAUCCCAAAUUAAUCAGAUAAGAAGUAGAAUUCAUCUCCACAUUCAUAAGUAGCAUUCAACAACAUUCAAGUGCAUAUUUUUAUUAAAAUUUCUAGUAAUUUUUAGAAGACUACAGUCCCUCCAAUCGCAAGCUAAGCUUUUCAGAAGACAGAAUUCAAGAACUAAAGAAUUCACAAUAACUUUAUAGUCAUAAUAAAUUAAGUCAAGAUUUCCAAAGUGAGUUUGUCAAUUCUCAAGUAAGAAUUAUUCAAUUAAUCCUAACAAUAGAUGAAAUAAACUUAAAUUAGUAUUGAUAUCAAUAAAAAAGGGUAAUAAGACUUUUAGUACAUUAAAGAUGAUUAACAAAUUUAAACUAACACUAUUAUUGAUUCACCAACUAAGAUGAUUACAGAUGAUUCACCUAAAAAAAAUAAAUUCAAAGCCUUUGGAAACUUACUAUUAAGUAUAAGAAGGUUAUAACAGAAUUUAGUUGAACGUAUUUCAAACAUAGUAUAUUAACUAGAUAAUUAUAUUAGGAUUAAUUAAAAGAAACAAUUAUUAAACCAUCCACUAAUACAAAUGUGUCAAAAAUACAUCCUGACCCUUCUUCGAGGGAUAGUGAAAAUGUCAAUGAAAUCUUAUCAAACUUGAAAUUAGUUGAUAGAUUCAUUUUUUAUUCUGAAUAAGGAUCAUAAAAAGAUAUUCAAAAUAUGAUUAAAUUAUUAUAAAUCUAUCCUAAAAAGUAAAUUAUUUUUUUAUUUAGACAUUUGUAUUGUCCAACAGAUCCAAAACAUAUACUUAAUUCUUUCAAUAAAUUUGGAUAGAACUCUUUGUACAUUUCUUGCAAAAAUGGAAAUCUUGCUGUUAUUAAAUUCUUAUUAGAUUAACAAGCCAAUCCUUCUAUAAAAAGCAGAGUUUACGAUAACUUUUAUGAAUCUCCAUUAGAAGUCUCAAUUAGAUGGAAUCAUUUUUAAUGUGUUUAAUUGUUACUUGAAAAAUCUAACUAUUCAAAUAAAGAGUUGAAAGCUGCCAUUUAAUAAACUACAAAUCCAUAAAUAAAAUAACUUAUUAAAUCAAAUCUUAAAUCAGAUACUUUUUGCUGUUUUUGA